CAUCAGCAUGAAGAAAUGAAAGCGAGGGGAGAAGACCUGUAUAUAUUAGCUGAGAUAAAGAAGAGGCAACAAGAUGUGGUGAGGUUUCUGGAAGCCAAUCGCAUAGAGUUUGAAGAAGUGGAUAUUACGAUGUCAGAGGAGAAAAGACAGUGGAUGUAUAAAAAUAUUCCUGAGGACAGGCAGCCUGCACAAGGCAAUCCAUUGCCACCACAGAUAUUCAGUGAUGAUCGGUACUGUGGAGAUUAUGAUUGCUUUUUUGAAUCGAAGGAGAGCAACACUGUCUUCUCCUUUCUUGGACUGAAACCUAGUUUGGCACCGAAGGAGUCAUAACCCCAGAAAACCUCUCUGAAGUAUCAACAACUGCAUCUUCUGGAUGAAUGACCCUGUUCUUUGGCACAUGACAGCUUCACUUAUGGAUCACUGUGAUAGAGCAAACUUGUAUCCUUAGUAGUAGUCUGCUUGCUAUAAGAUGGUGCUCUCCCACCAAUGUGGAGUUAAUAAGAUGUAUAUGAAAUAGGAUUAAGGCUGGGCUACGCAUCUUCCUUUUUAAAAAUACUCAUUGAUGGUAGCACUUCUAUCUUUGGAUUGCUUUUGCAACUAGCACUGAUAUUCUAAUAGAUACAUAGGUUUAAAGAUAAGAAGUGGAAGUGCAGGGCUUCUGUCAUUCAUGAAUAAAUUCAUACAGACAGGUUCCUUAUGUUUUUAAUUCUACCAACUACUGUUUCUGAAAUUACCUCAUCAGCACAGUUAAAAUGCCGGUGGUUAUUAGAAUGUUUGUGCUAACUACUAUCCAGAAAAAAAAACUGUUGAUCUUAACAUCUUAAGAUCUCAGUUCAAGCCAGUAACUGCUGUAUUUUUAUUCUACAUUUAUUUAUUAUUAUCCUUAUGCUAGAUCAUUUUUAUGGUAAGAAACAACAGUUGCUAACCUUUGUCAUGAAAACUUGAUUUGCCUCACGAUACUGGUUCUUUAAAAACAAUUGUUAUCAUGAACGGGGUGCCAAAGCAAGAUAUUUUGACAUGGUUCCUUUUCCAAAAUAGUGUGAAAUGCAUGUGAAAUCAUGUGGUGAGGCUGUACUGCUUAGUUCAAAAGAAGAGGUCUCAUAGCUAAAGAUUUCUGUUAUCUGUUUACCAAGAAAGAUUAAACACCCAAAGUUGGACAGUUGGACUGUCUAAAAAUGAAAUUUUGCCAAAACUUUGAAUUGACCAGUAAUCAAACCUACAUCUCCACCAUUAGCCACAUAAGAGUCAAAGAGAUACUUUUGGAGAGAGCAUUCAGUCCCCUAUACUGGUAAACACUUUGCCACUGCCCGUCAGCAUACCUGAGUCGCCGAGCUGUUGUCCUACUUAUGUCCCCACGUAUGGAACUGUGGAGGUGCCUCAAAGAUAGUGAGAAAGCUGAGCAUGUACUUUGCUGGACGAGGCCACAACAGUCAGCUCAACUGAGGAACAGGAGCCAGGUGGAGAUUGUUUCAGUAGAACUGUAAUGACAAGCAUAGCAGAUGCAAGGCCUGUGACUUGCCAAUAACCAUUACAAAACAUGUUCCGGAAAGAAGUCAAAUUGCAUUCUGUGUUUUGAAUCAAGUCUGGCUGUUAAAAUAAGAGCUAUGCUGCAAACUGUCUCAUUCCUAAGUGACUUCAUAAUGACUGGAUAGUGCUACUCAAACACACAUCCUCAUGUCUUUGCAUAAAUGAAGGACAACCAAGCCUUUUUGUAAUCACGGAAUCUCUGAAGCCCAGCUUCUUCUAAAAGGUGUCAGAAAUGAACCCUGUCUGUGCAACAAAUCUCAUGUUCUAUUAAAGUCAAUAACCAUGCUGUCCUAUACGAGUUAGUUGGAAAGGACAACUAGCGAUCAUCUGGUCCAGCUUUCUAUAAACCAGGACUCACACCAACACUAUCUCAGGUCAGAUGUGGGCUUGUUUAGAGGUGUUAAAAACGUCCAGAGAUGGAGGUCUCAUAACCAUCUAUUUAAGCAGUGCUGAUGCUGCAGUAAUCUCCUAGCAUCCAGCCUGUUCUCCCAGGUAGUAACUUGUAGCUAUUCCUUUGCUUUCUCUUCCAGCUCUCACAGGAAGAGUUUGGCACCACCUUUUUGUGACCCAAGAUAGUAGUAGGAUCCCAAGAUAGUAGUAGGAUACCAUAAGAUCACCUCUUAGUCAUCUUGAUAGAUUAAACAAACGCAGUUUUGUUAAAUUUUUGUUAAACUCUCUUCAUAGACUCUGUGUUUCAGGUCUCUGGCUGCUUUGGUUUGGUGGAGGGCUACUCUUUCCAGUUUCUUCAACUUGAGAAAAAGUGGAUAAAAUGUUUCAGAAGUAGCACUCAUCAGUACCAAGUAGUGCAUUGCUGGCUUAUGUCCAACCUGACUUUCAUCAAAUCCCGCGGUCACCACCUCGAGGGCAGAAAUUUGCUUUCAUCCUUUUCAAAAUUCAGGAGGUUUCUGUUAGCCCAGUCUUCGUGGCUAUUGAGAUCCCUGGACUGAAGCUCUGCCAGCCACUCAAGUUCUCAAGUUCUAUGUUGUUUGCAGUUUUACUGAGGGUACACAGUAGAUAUUUCUCCAAGUCCCUGCCAAAGAUGCUGAAUGAUAGAUUCUCAGAUUUUGGACAAGACAGUACUCAAGAUAAUAGAGGUAUGAUUUGAGCGAUGUUCAUGACUACCAGUUUCUGGAGUAAAGAACAGGUUACCUUCCUUUUGGUGUUGUCUCAGCUACAAGCUGCUUACAUCUGUGUGACUUUUCCCUUUAGUACAAAGGCAAGAAAGCUUUAUAAAAGGAGAUGUUAAGCUUUAAAAUGAUAUCCAUCCAUAAAUGUUUGGACCUUUUUGGUCUCUCUUUGGACCCUUGGGUACCUCCUCAGCUUAGCUAGGGGAGCUAGAUGGAGCAAGAGCACACACAGAUUUCAUGUCCAUGGUGGUAUUUACUAGACAAAGUCUUGGUUAGAGCACCUUCUCUAGAGGACCCCUUAAUGGGGGUUGAUAACAUUCAUAUGUAUGUAUGUCUGUAUACAAGUGUAUGUAUAUGCAUUUUUAGGAUUUAUGUUGUAUGUUGUAAGUUAUUAUUUCACUCUUGUCACCAAUCCCAUAUUUUCAUGAGACUUGACCUUUACUAUAAGAGGGGAAUGUGACACGAGAUAGAGCUGUACAUUAACAAGUUCUAAGUAAUUUUUAUUUUUUUUUAAGAUUCUUUAACUUAGAAAAAGAAUACAGAUAUAAAUUGAGAUAAUUACACAGUUAAUUACAGAGAAGCCAUCCUGGAUUUAUCAUGUACUUGAUAUAUUGUAAACUUAGAAAACUGCCUGAAGUCCCACUUUUGAAAAAAUCACACAAGUGAGUAAAUCCACUUAAAUAAUCCCAGGGAAAAUCCCUGGCAGUCUGUUGCAAAAGGCAAUAUCUUGCUGAAUUCUCCAGGGAUGAAAUUAGUUUUACAGAAUUCCUCUUGAAUUUUGGUAAUUGUAGAAUAGAAAUCUCCAGCUCAAUGGAGAGCAAGUUCUGUUGCAGCCAAAAGGUGAAAGUAGCUUAUUUCAGAGCAUUCCUGUGUGUAUAAUCAGUUGUAUGGUGGACAACACUAGCUCCAAGAUAUCCUGCUUGUUUGCAUGGAUUGGCAGUGUAAGUCCCUUAGAAUGUUUGCUUUUGAAUUACGAGCGGCUAGCUAAAAGCCAGAAAGCAUAUAUGUUGCUUGAAUGUGAAUUUUGUCUGUUGUGCAACAGCCUUAUUUUUGUAAUUAAAGCAAGUAGAGUUCUAGUUUGUUACACAAGAUGAUCUGGAAUUUUUUAAACCAGUUUUGUAAUAAUGAGAUGUAACUACUGGAUAAUGGAAAAGUUCUGUGGAAAUGAGCCAUUUAUUGAAAGAAAUAGAAAAUUCCUAAUUUUGUUUAAGAUAUUUUGCAUAUAGAGGUGAUCCCAAUUUUUAGCUAAUAUUUGUAAUUACCCCACUUUUUAAGGGAGAGAGUAGUGUGAGCUAAACUUUAAAUAUUUAUACCUAGCUGAAGUGGUUGUGUGGGCCUAUGUGCAUGCACACGUUCACUGUAUCAGUGGCUUUAUAGAGAUGUUUUUGCUUGUGCCACACACUGCUGGAUAGUGCCUUGCCAGAGAGGGGACUGUUACUGUAGGGUCUUCUCAGAUGUGCUCAGCUUUGAACUCACAAAGAGGUAGUUUCUAUUAUCACUAUUUUUUUAAUAAAUCAGUAUGUUGAUUUUGUGGCCUGAGUCAAGAGACGUGCUUUGACUGUUUAGAAUCAAACCUUCCAAGGAAGUGGAUGUGGAAUAAAGCCCCUAAAUCCAUCUUUGUGCUUUAAAAUAACUCUCUUAUGGAAGCAUUGAGCAGCCCAAGUGUUAUCACUGAAAUGGAAGGAGGCUGCCAGCUCUUUGUGGGUUUCUUUGUUGUCCCUCCCAGUUCCCCCCACCCCUGUCAGGCCUUUCAUUUAGGGAGUCCAGUUCUUGUUGGAAUCCCGUGAUAGCAAAGUGGAAGCCUGAGACUUCAGGCAGUGACUUGCGGCAAGAGAACUGCCUUCACAGGAGCACAACACUGGGAUCUUCACCAGGUAGUGCCAAAUCCCAUCGGUUUUAUACAACUUCCCCACUAGUUUCACUACAGCUUAAUGUGCGCAGUGCAGGGAGAUGUAAGCACGAGCUGCUUGCCUCUUCACCCUGAGGAAUCUGGGAGGGGAAAUGGAGAGCUGCUUCUUGAGGGCAUUCCUUCAGCCAGGGCAGAUCCACCUCAUUCCUUUCAUCCUGUUCUUUGCCUCAUCCUCAUAUGCUUCAUCCCAUCCUGCGCAGACCUGUGUGCAAAGCUCCUGCUCCCCACCGCUUGUAACACUGCAAAGCAGAGCUGGUGCUCGCCUCGACACGGCCUCGGUGUUCUGUAGCUCGGCGCGGGAGGGAACACGUUGCAUCCUAGACUGUGUACACGUGGAGUUUUAAAUUAUGUAUUAAAACUGUGCUCGUCUAAUAAAAAAUGUAAUUCGGAAAA